GUAGCCUACAUCUUUCCCCGCCGAAGUCGUAUUUGGAGCCGUAAACCUCGCAUUGCCGAGCUCGUCAGCAGCACUUGAAAGCAGCAUCAGACACCAGCAAAACGUCCUUCCCGGCAUUUUCACGCGUCCUGUUGCCAUGGAGCUGACUUUGUUUUCUUCCACCGUUUUACACAAAGUGAAAGGUUGUGCUUUAAAAUAAAGUAAGGACAUUGUGGAGAAACUCGGGAUAAGUGUGACUGUCCUCGUUGUCAAGACGUGACUGUUAUGUGAACAACAAAGUUGAAGGACUUUUAAAGUUUUCCAUCAAGCUCCUCUCUGUCCCCAUAAUGAGUGGCAGAGUAGCAGGGGGCCGCCUGCAGGUCCUUCAGAUCUACCGCCUGCUGCAGUGCGUCCAUGAAGGGGAUAAGCUGCAGAUAGAAAAGAUGGUGAACCUUGGGGUGGAAAACCUCAUCAAUCUCACUGAUCCACAAGAAGGCACAGGGGUGCUUCACGUGGCAGUUUCAGCCAACAAUCAGGACCUGGUCAUCUUCCUUCUCUCCCAGGGAGCACACCCUGACGUCCAGGACAAGAAGGGCCGCACCGCAGCCAUGUUAGCUGCUGAGCUGGGCAAUGAUGCUAUAGUGGCACUGCUGGCCCAGAGCCAUGCCAACCUGAGGCUCCAAGACACUGAGGGAAAAGGUGUGCUGUUCUACUGUAUCUACCCCACCAAGCGCCACACCCGCUGCCUGCAGGUGGCACUGAAGUGCCAUGCAGAUGUCAACAAUGUGUCAGCGCAGGGGACUCAUGUCUUCCAGUUGAUGUGUGAAAAAGCCCAGGAGUGCACCUUGAUGUGUCUCAUCAUGCUGGAUGCAGGGGCAGACCCCAAUGCAACAAAUCAGAAUACAGGCGUCACAGCUCUGAUGGAGGCUGCUAAGGCAGGCUCCCUGCAGCUUGUUAAAACCAUUCUCAGGAAAGGGGGAAACCCUAACGCCCUGGACCGAAAACGCCUCACAGCAGUACACUAUGCUGCCAUGGGAGGCUUUUUUGAGGUGAUUCAGGUGCUGUCUGCAUACUCAGCAGACAUGGGAGUGAUCAACCUAGAGGACUGCACACCCCUACACUACGCUGCUGUCACGGGCAAUGCUAACUGCUGCAAGUUCUUGGCUCAGAGAGGUUGUAAUCCCAAGCUCAAGAACCAGGAAGGUUUACUCCCACGUCAGAUUGCCAAAGACACGUGUCACAAAGCAGCAGCCAAGGAGCUGAAGAAAGCAGAGAGGCAACAGGGAAAAGGCCAAAAAUCCACAGAUGGCAGCCUCAUGUCAGAUCUUUGGGCCGUGACCCUCCACGACUGGUCUUAUGAGUAUGAGACUGAAUUACGGCAAGCCUUUGGGGACAAAUCAGACACAGUUACAACCGAAAAGUUUAUUUCAGUGUUAGAAGAACUGAAAGCUCCAGUUGAACUAGACCAACUCCAUACAGUCAUCUCAGCCCAUGACAAGGGGAAAGAGGGAUGUGUCAACAUUAAUGAUUUCCUCAAAGGUGUCAAGUAUAUCAAGAAACCUUUCCUCCUCUCCUCUUAUAUGCCUAAAAAGAAAAAGGGAGAAAAGGGAGGAAAAGGAGCUAAGAAGGGUAAAUUUGUCCUCCCCCUGCCCAUUUGCACUCUCCCACCGGAGCUUAUGCCUCGGCGACCAGACGGAGGCCCGCCCCACUUCAUGAUCGAAACAUACUACAACUGCUCAGACAUCCGGCGAUUUGACCACGAUCACCCGCCAGAACAUCCCAUAAUGAAUGACUCAGGAUGGUACAUGGAAAAGCCAGAUAAGGUCUACAUCAAUAUCAACUACUGUGUGAAAAGUGGGGACCUGGAGUCUCUGGACCUUGCUUUCAGUCAAGGGGUUCCUGUGGAUGUUAAAGAUCAGUUUUACAAGACCCCACUGAUGGUGGCCUGCUCCAGUGGAAACUACGAGGUGGCUCAGUAUCUCCUCAGUCGAGGGGCUGAUGUAAAUGUGUGUGACCAGUUCUUCUGGACACCUCUCCACCAUGCUGCUCGCGCUGGCCAAGUGGAACUUCUUGAACUUCUGGUGGAGGCCGGGGCCACCAUAGAUGCCCGAGCCCUCAGUGGAGGUACACCCCUCAUGAGGGCCAUCGAGAGCUCUCGACCCUCCUGUGUGGACUUCCUCAUCAAGGCCGGUGCCAGUGUUAAUGCAGAGAACAAGAAAGAACAAAACUGCCUCGACAUUGCCAGAGCUUUUGCAGACUCAAGGAUAAUUGACUUGGUCAAAGACAAGAUGGAUUCUCUGCCUAAACUAAAGGAGACAGUGAAGGGAAAGGGGGCCAAAGGUCAAAAGCCAAAACCUUCAAAGGUGCUUUCAGCUGGCACCUUGGUGUCUGGCUACCACGAUUCUACCAGGUCCAUCCAUACCACAGGCUGCUGCUAAUCACACUUUAAAGCUGAUGUUGCUCCAAGCCAAGGUCAAAUGGGACAAUGGAGAGCCGAGGCAGAGAAAACGUGAAACCAUCAUGAACUCUGAUAGCAGCCACCAAUAGUUAUGCACGUUCAGCAGAGUGGCAGUUGCCGUCCCUCUCCCUGCUGCUGCCUUGUUUUCAGUGUAACCACAGUGGUAGCCAGUAUCUGUCUGAACACACCUUAAAUGUUGUUAAAGUAAAAUUAUUACCAACUUUAGACUAGAGGUAAUCUCCUACCCUGGUUUUCAUCUGUGUACUCCAGCUUCUUCUUUCAGCAUGAGAAACCUAAGCUGGUAAAGAGAUCUCAUUACUGUAAGACAGCAACUUGUAAGCAAAUUAGACCUGAUGUGUUAUGUUACAGCUAGAAAAUGCUGGUGCUUAAAUUUGCAUUUCCUAUAAUCAGGCAAAACAUCUGACAAAAUGUAUUGAUUUUGUUAUUAGAACUCUGAAAGUAGCAGGUGGUGCAAUAUAGCUUCAAGCAGAAAUUCUGGGGGGCAAGAAACAAAUCCAUCACACAGAAUAAUUUCCACACAGGUACAAUUUUGCGUUAUGGCAUUUUUUAUCAGACUUGCAGAAAUUUGUUCACUACUAUAAGAAACUGAUGAGCCUAUUAAACUUUCAUCCACUGUGA